CAGGCAGAGCCGGGGCCGCGCAAUUCAUGAGUUCCCUGAGGACAUCUUCACCAAAGAACAGCGGAAGAGAGGUGCCAUACUACUACACGUGCUAUGUGCCAUCUAUAUGUUCUACGCACUGGCUCUUGUUUGCGAUGACUAUUUUGUCCCCUCCCUGGAGAAGAUCUCAGAGAAUCUGCAGCUGAGUGAAGAUGUGGCUGGAGCUACUUUUAUGGCUGCAGGAAGUUCUGCUCCCGAAUUAUUUACUUCCUUAAUUGGUGUAUUUAUCACAGAGGGGGAUGUCGGAGUAGGCACCAUUGUAGGGUCAGCUGUCUUCAACAUACUGGUCAUCAUUGGAGUGUGUGGCAUUUUUGCCCGUCAGACGGUGGUCCUUACCUGGUGGCCUAUGUUCAGAGACUCGUUGUACUACAUCUUCUCAGUGUUGGCCUUGAUUUUGGUUAUCUAUGAUGAAAGAGUUGUAUGGUGGGAAUCCAUGCUUCUGAUCUCCAUGUAUGGAGUCUAUAUCCUUAUCAUGAAGUUUAACCGUCAGAUUGCCAGCUUUGUCCAAAGAUCCUGUGGUAGUCCAGCUCAAUGUUGUGUCAGGAGAGAAAUGCCCACAGAUAAAGAGGGUGAUGAAGUGGGAGUCAGUUGCAACACCUCCAUGGUGCUGUUGAAGAAAGCUCCAGCAGACUCAGGGCAGGAAUCUCAAGUAGUGAUGGUGGAUGAGCUGCUGAUCUUGAGACCACACCAGCUCUCAUUCCCAGAGGCUGGGCUGCGUGUUAUGAUCACACCACAUUUCUCACCACGUACCCGUCUGUCUAUGGCAGGACGCAUGCUCAUCAGUGAGAGACAGAGGCUGCUUAGGGAGAGCAGGACCCCAGUGAAGACAUUUAGUUCUGAAGGGAUAGUAAAUGGAGGAAGUGCUGAACCACAGCAGACACUUGAGGACGCAGAAAUGAUGGAUGGUAAGAAAGGAGUAAAGGUGGAUGUAGAAAACAAUCAGCCUGAAGAAGAGGAUGAGGAUGGGGACGAAAGGUUCAGACCUCUUCAUAUUCCUGCUGGAUACCGUGCGUGUAUGAAGUGGUUUCUAUCGUGGCCGCUGAGUGUUUUGCUGUAUUACACAGUGCCUAACUGUGUUUCGCCACGUUGGCAUCGCUGGUUCAUGGUCACUUUUUUUGCUUCAACCCUCUGGAUUGCUAUUUUUUCCUACCUCAUGGUGUGGAUGGUCACCAUCAUCAGCUACACACUAGAUAUUCCAGAUUACAUCAUGGGGAUAACUUUCCUUGCUGCUGGCACUAGCGUACCCGACUGCAUGGCAAGCCUCAUUGUUGCACGCCAAGGAAUGGGGGACAUGGCAGUGUCUAACUCCAUUGGCAGCAAUAUCUUUGACAUCCUGCUGGGACUGGGCUUCCCCUGGGCUCUAAGAACUCUAGUAGUAGACCAUGGAUCAACAGUAUUCAUCAAUAAUAAAGGCCUGGUGUAUUCUGUUAUCCUGCUGCUCGCAUCAGUCUUCCUCACUGUCCUGAGUGUGCAUCUGAAUGGCUGGAAGCUGGAUCGGAAACUAGGUCUUGGUCUCUUGCUCCUUUACUCCGUUUUUUUGCUCUGCUCUAUCCUCUUUGGUCAGCUCUAGAGGCUUCACACAAGUUUAUAUCCUGCAAAUCUGACUUUUUUUUUGUUUUGUUUUUUGCAUUGUUGUUUUGAGUUGAAUUUGAUAGUGCUUUUACUGAUCAGGUACUAAAUGUCAGUUGAUUUCAUGCCUGCAUCUGAUGUAGCAGCAAACGGAAAUGAUGUACUUUACAGAAUGGGUUUUAAACAGAAAUGACAGUGCUCAUAUCCAAUCAGUCCUCUGAUCUGUCCAUUAAGCACUGCUUCAAGCUGGAAGAUAUACUGUAUAAUAUAAUGGUUUUAUCUUCACUCUGACAUCUUACAAGAACAUUGCAGUAUUACAAUAAGUCACUGUUGCUGCUUAUAACUUCAGUAUGUUCUCGUUGCUGUGUUAAACCCUUGUGAAAAAGAAGUACACUUUAGCAUACUUAUAAAAAGAGUAUUUAUUAUGGAAAAAAUAUAGUGGAUGUCAUGUCUUCAGACACUUAAUCGCAGGUUAAUUACAAUUAAAUACAAUUUUAUAAUAAUUUAAAUGUAUAUUUAAUGCGAUAGGUUGAACUUUACACCCACUUCAGUGUGACUUAAGUAUAUCUUUAUUUGUAAUUUCGUAGUUACUUCUAUUGUCUUUGAAAUAUGGUUAGUGAACUGGCUAAUGCACUGAUAAAUAUUUAUGGUAAAGUAAAAUAUACUUUAAUGUAAUUUCUGUUGAAACUUUUGAUUUGUAAUUACACAUUUGUAAAGAUGAAGUUGCAAUUCAGUACAUUUAAAAUAUAUUAACUUAAGUUGUAAUAUCUAAAGUACUUUGCAUGUGCAUUAAUAUGUUAGUCAACACAUCAAAAUAAGUGUACUUUAAAGCAUGGCAAAAUAUUAUAAUUAAACAAUAAUACAUACUUCAAUGUAAAACUUUUAAUUCGACUAUUACAAAGUACACUUUUUAAAACUGUACUUAGUCAAGUGUCAUGACUAUGUUUCAUAACACAAUUAUGAAAUUGUGUCUACUUUGAUAUAAAGGGAAAAUUUAAAACUUUAAAGUCCACUUAAGUUCAAUUCAAUAAUGAUUUUUUUUUUCUGCAAGUACAGUUUUAAAAAUAAAUAAAUAUUAAGAUUUGUGCACAUUCAAAACAAUUAAGCGCACUUCUUUUUCAUGAGGGAAGUCCUGUUGCUGUGUUAAUUUAUACAACAGGUCAGUUAGUCCUCAAAUUCGAUUGGCUGAGCUUCAUUCCAAGAGUAUAAAUAGAGAGUAUAACAGCACUGGGAUGUUUCACACACUCUGUGUUCAGAGCUUUUCAAUUUAUGUAUACUGUCUCUCUCACUAUUGAGGUGUAAACUCAUAGUGGAGCUCGACCCGAGUGGAAAUGGCUGUUUUUCAGUGUUACUGAUAUACACUAUUCCAGUAUUCCAGUCUGUUUGUUAACUGGUGACAUCCAGACCUUGAUGCUUUGGCUUCUUCUGGAAAUACAUUUGAGGUUGUAUGUUUACACCUUGCAGAAUCUAAAAAAGUCAAUUAAAAAAUAAAAUAGGAUCAUAAAGUAAUCUGAAAUUGGUCCACAAGACAACCCCCUGCCAAAUUACUUUUUGAUUUAUUUGACAUUAAUGAAAAUUUUCAAAAGUUUACACACCCUUGAAUCCUAAUACUGUGUGCUGUGUCCUACUAAUCCAUGUUUAUUUUUUUAAUGUUUUUAUUCAGCUAUUAUUUUGUCUUGUGGACUAUAAAUACAAGACAAAAUGCAGUUGGUAUUCAUUUUGCAGGAUUUGCAAGGUGCUUGUAAACGUAUGAGCACAACAGUAUUUCUAUACAAGUCUAAAUAAGACUUUAUGAAUACAUUUUUUUGGUAAAACAGUUGCAAAAAAGCCAAAUCUCAAAUCACAACCCAUUCUCGCAGUUGUGCUGUAUUGAGAUGUAGAUAAUCACAGGGUUGUUAAUUCAGAACAACAUACUGUAGGCUACUACAUGACAGCAUUGUUUUUUAGGAAUAUAUAAUGAUCAAGCAUGCAUGCGUCUAUACAGUGUUGGGUUUGUAACUUCUGAAAUAAUUUAGCACUGAUUACAAAUUAAAUGCCUAAAAAUGUAAUCAAUAACUGUCUUUUAGAUAACAAGUUUUAACUAUUAUAAUGUAAUUGCUUUUGUAGGGAUUUUGAGCUAACUCUUAUUUAUUUCCACAAUACUGCCGCGUUGUUCUGACAAAAACACAAAAAAGACCAAAAAGGAACAUUUUCCUUAAACUACUGCACACCUUUGUAAUCAACACAAACAGCCUUAAUUGUUUCUGCAAUUAUUGCAUGUUUUGAAUAAUAAUUAAAAAUAAUCGCUAAUUUGUGAUAUAAAGGGAUAUUUCACCUGAAAAUUUUAAUCAUGUCAUCAUUUACUGACCAUUUUGUUCCAAACCUGUAUGACUAUCUUCAGUGGAACAUACUGUGGGGCCAAAAUGUAUUUAGU